GUCACUUUAAACGUAACCAAAAAAAUGGAAACUAGAUUUUACAAGGGUAAUCAGUUCAAUAACAAUACACAAACUACUCUGAUUUUCUCUUUUUAUUUAAAAGAAUAUUAAUCAAACAUUUAUUUUUUAUUAUUUUUAUUUUACACCACUUUACAAGCGUUCAUUUGAUCUAUUUCAUUGCAAUACUCCAAGCAGCCGCGUGGGGACAAAAUGGCGCCGUUUUGUUGUUGAUCAUUAAAAAACCACGAAGAAGAAGCAGAAAGAGGGCGGGGCUUAGCCGAGAACAACAACGUCGAUAGACAUCUGCGGAACAGAUGAUCCCAUCAGCCGUCAGUCGUAACAUUUUCUGUUUGUUUAUUUAUUUGUUCGGUUUCAUUCUCGUUCAUGGAUCGUUGGAGCGCGGCAGCAGGUAUGCAGGUGGAGCAUUUGGAGGCCAAAGCUCCUGAGAGGUCCAGGAGGUCCAUAGAAAACAAAAGAAAGACAAAGUCUGUCAAAAAAGGAGACGAUGGAGAGAAUUCACCUGACUCUGUUCUCUUCAAGCAAGAAACUCCCAGCAAGGCCUCAAAGUGGGAGGACGACCGCAACACCCUGAACUCCAUCAAAGAGGCGGUGGUGGUUCUGACCCGGCUUCCCGACUAUAAGAUCAGCGCUCUGCGUCCGCCCACGCCGCCGCAGUUCUACAGCGAAGACGAGUCCCUCAGCAGCUCGGGCUCGGACAUGGGAUGGGCGUCGGAGGAAGACUCCAGCGACUCGGACUUCCCCGUUCCCAACCACAAACAGAAGGCUUCUGGGUCUGGAGGUUGUGCGUCCGGCAGCGCUUUUGGUCACUGUUCUCGAGAAGCUUCAAAGAUUCACUCGGAACUGGCAAAAGAAGACGUCAAAGUUGACAUGAUGGUCCUGGCCAGGAGGAGACCUCUGAAAUGGAAACGAGGGAAGAUCGUGGAGAUCAUUACGAAAGAGGAUGGACGACUGAAAUACCGAGUGAGCUUUGAAGAGAAAGGGAAGUGCGUGGUCUCCGGACACCACAUCGCCUUCGACUCCCGGCCGAAGGUGGAGCAGUUGUGCGUGGGCGCCCGCGUGGUGGUGCGCUGUCAAAACAACAAGUUCCGGUUCCGGCCGGGAAUCCUGGCCGAGCUCCCCAGCAGAAGGAACCAGUUCAGGUUCCUGGUCUUCGUAGACGAUCACACAGCGGUGUACGUGGGAUUACCGCUGUUCCAUUUGGUCUGCAGACCAUUGGAGGAUGUUUUGGACGACGUUCCUGACGGAGCUCACAGAUGUUUCAUGAAGCAGUACCUGAGAGACUGGCCGUAUCCGCGCACGUUUAAGUACGCGCCCGGACAGCACUUCACGGUGGAGCUGAACGGUGUGAUGCAGAGGUGCGAGGUGGCGGCCGUGGACUGCAGCUUGGUUCAGGUCGUUUUUCAGGAAAGCCAGCGCAGAGAGUGGAUCUACAGAGGCUCCAUGAGACUCCAACACUUUGCACUUUUAGAACCACGAUGGAAGGAAGACGAUAAUAAUUCCUCUGACUCUGAUUGAAAAAAAAAAAAGAAAACAUGAACAAUAAUUUCAAA